UUUUCAUUCGAAGUUUGCAUCGUGCAAGGUAAAGUUGUGUAGAAUUUUUCCUAUUCUCAACAAUUUGACGUCUCCUUUGUGUGUGUCAUCAUUUGAUAUAAAAUUCAUAUAUUCCAUACAAAAAAUCGGUCGUUUUUGGGUUUUAAUUUGGUAUUUAUAUGAAAUUUUCUUCUUUAGAAAAAUAAUAAAAGUGUUUAAAUUCCAGUUGUGAAUAAAAAACAACACAAAAACGGUGUUUUUUCUCUAAGUUGAAAGCAAAGUAAAAAAAAUCGAAGAAGAAAAAAAAAAACAAAUAAUCGAUUUUCCGUGGAAACAACAACGAAUAUAUUCGAAGAAGAAGUGAAAUAGAAAGAAAGCAAAGAAAAAAAGGGUUUUUUUACUUCUUUUUUUUUAUAUUACAACUGAGCUGAAAAAAAGGGCAACGAAAUAAGCUCCACUUUAAACCACCCACUCGCUUAAGUAAUCCCUAAAGGAGAGUGUAUUUUUUGUAUAAAUCCAUCAAAUCUUUCUGAACUUUAUUCGGAAAACAGAAAAUUAUAUCCGUCCUUUCUAUGCGAGUAUUUACAACCCAACAACAACAAUCUUAAGAUAAGUAUUUAAAGCAAAAAGAAAGCCAAAAAAAGGACACAAAAAAAUGCCUCAAGCUGAGGGAGGUUACAUAUCGUUGGGUGAUAACCCAAAUAGCGCCAUCUACAAUCAAACAACAGAACCUACCGGCCCACAAUCGAUGUUCGAAUCUGUUAAGCGAGCGAUUGGUCAAGUUGUUGGUAGUAAUGGCAAUAGCGGUGGUGACACAGAUGAUUUAUUAGCCUCCAAGGGACGUCCAAUGAUUGUCGGAUCGAGAGAUCGGGACAAAACUGGUAAGACACUACUGAACACUAAGAUGCCAUCAGCACCAGCACACACUGCCGAGGAGGCACGUUUACUUGGCACAAUGCCAGUUGAUCCAAUGGAUGAUAUUGAAUUACGUUCGGUUCAAUUGCAAUUCAAUCGACGUGAUUCUAUCGUUGACCAUUGUGAGCAGAAGCGUGUACCAACGGAUAAAGGUGAAAUUCAAGUAGCAAUACAAGGUGAUCCAAAGAAGUCGGCUAUAUUGACGUAUCAUGAUUUAGGAUUGAACUAUGCAACGAGUUUUUCUGGAUUUUUCAAUUAUCCAGAAAUGCGGGAGAUAUUGAAUAACUUUUGUGUGUACCAUGUUACAGCACCAGGUCAAGAAGAUGGUGCACCAACUCUGCCAGAAGAUUAUGUCUACCCAACCAUGGACGAAUUAGCUGCCCAGUUGCUCUUUGUGAUGUCACACUUUAAUUUGAAGAUCUUUAUCGGAUUUGGUGUCGGCGCUGGAGCCAAUAUCUUAGCCCGUUUUGCUCUUCAAAAUCCCCAAAAGGUAGCUGGUCUAUGCCUAAUCAAUUGUGUGUCCACAACCUCUGGCUGGAUUGAAUGGGGUUAUCAGAGUUUCAAUGCCCGUUUCUUGCGUACGAAAGGCAUGACCCAAGGAGUUGUUGAUUACUUGAUGUGGCAUCAUUUUGGUCGCAACCCCGAGGAACGUAAUCAUGAUCUUGUACAAAUGUACAAACAUCAUUUCGAGAAUAACGUCAAUCCGACCAAUUUGGCAAUGUUCAUUAAUGCGUAUAUUAGUCGCAAUGAUUUGAACAUUACCCGAUCACCACCACCAACUCCGGGCCAACAAGCUGCCAUUACUACACUUAAGAUGACAGUAAUGAAUAUCACUGGAGCCUUGUCACCCCAUGUCGAAGAUACCAUUACCCUUAAUACACGUUUAGACCCUGCUACAUCAACAUGGAUGAAGAUCUCCGAUUGUGCAAUGGUUCUAGAAGAGCAACCUGCUAAGGUUUCUGAAGCUUUCCGGUUGUUCCUCCAGGGCGAGGGAUACGCUGUUGGUGCCCUUCAAUCAAUGCGAUCGCAUGCAACAUUAGCCUUUGGUAGUUCCAAGAGUUUAAUUUCGUCACGUAAAACAUCAACAUCAACAAAUGAUUCGCACAAACAACAACAGCCACAAGAAUGAUUUUCUUUAUUAUUAUUUUAAAAAAAGGAAAUCAAUUUGAAUUAAAAUUAUGUUUAUUUACACAAUUUUUGUAUGUUGUUGAUAUUAUUAUAUAAUUAUUAAAAAAAAAAAAAAAUAUUAAAAAAAUAUAUUUAAUUUUAAUUUGUAUGUAUUAAUAUUAUUGUUUUACACUUUAAGUAGUUUACUUUAUAAUAAAAUCAGAGAACAAACAAGAAAAAUAUACUAUUUAUGCCUGUUUAAAAUUAAUAUUUAUAAUUUUAAGAAACAGUGUUGACAUUAUAGUUUAAACAAUUAUUUGUUAUAAUUAUUAACAUCAAUAUUAACAAAUUCAAAAAUAAAUUACAAAAUAAUAAAACUUCAAAUGUUAACACUGUUUCCUUUCCAUUCUGACUAAUUAACAAUAUUUAAAAUCAAUUUUCAAGAUUAUAUUAUAUUAUUGAUAGAUCUCAGAAUUGCUUAACUUGGCCAAAAAGAAACAAAUUAAUUUACUUUAAAAAAAGACUUUAAACAAAUUGAAUACCUACCUACAAUCUGACAAUGUUAUUAUUAUAUCUUUGUUCAUAGUUAUUUUUAUAGUUCCUUGUUUUGUUUUUAAUUAAUUAUUUCUUUUGAUUUUGUUUUUAGUUUCAAAACAGGCUAUGCACGACAUUUUUAUAGAAAGCAAAAAAAAAACAGCAUAAUAAUUAUACCACCUUAUAUUAGUUGUAUGUUAAUAUUAUUAUUUUGCACCCUAAAUAAUAGUUUUUAAUUUAAUAUUAAAAAUUAAAAUAUAUUUUUAAAGCAAAACCACAUUGUAAUGAAAUGCUAAUUAACUUUUAUUUUUGUUACUCUGCACCCAUUGUAGAUUAAUUAUUAAAAUGUUAUUUAUAAUUUUUGAAUAUUGUAUGCUUUAAAUUUUAUGUAUAAUUAUAAUUUUUAAUGAUAAGAUUUGAAUCGAAAGGUAUUUUUAUGCAAUUGUAAUCGAUUGUGUAUGUUUGUACAUAUACAAAAAAAAAAUAUAUAAAUCGAUCGAGAAUUGUAUUUUGAGCUUAGAAAUAUUGCAGUAUGAAUCAUUAAUUAAAAAUAAAUAAAAGAAAUCAUUACAUAUAAAUUUAAAACAAAAA